UGUUUCGGAUUUUGGUACUAAGAUAUCUUUUUCCUUUUCUUCCACUGUUAUACACCAACAUGUGCACAUUUGUAAGAAAAUGUUGUUCAUGCUCCACUGCAGUGCACGUACAUCCAGAUCCCUCAGGUGGAGCAGACCAACGCUGUGGUCCUCAGCAAACCUGCAUGGAUGUGGGGAGCUGAAAUGGGCGCCAGUGACAAAGGGGUCUGUAUUGGGAAUGAGGCAGUCUGGACCCGAGAGCCCGUCGCACCGGGAGAGGCUCUGCUGGGCAUGGACCUUGUCCGACUGGGGCUGGAGCGUGGUGACAGCGCCCGGGCAGCACUGACGGUGAUCACCAGCCUCCUGGAGCAGCAUGGCCAGGGCGGGCAGUGCAGGGAAGCUCCCGAACCCUUCAGCUACCACAACACCUUCCUCCUUGUGGACCGCAGUGAGGCUUGGGUGCUGGAGACAGCCGGGAGGCUUUGGGUGGCACAGAAAGUCUCAGAGGGUGUUAAGAACAUCUCCAACCAGCUCACCAUUGGCAGCGAGAUCUCCACAGAGCACCCGGACCUGCGGAGCGUGGCCAAAGCUCAGGGCUGGUGGGACGGUGAGGGAGAAUUUAACUUCUCGCAUGUGUUUAGUCCCGAGAACCCGCCGGCCAGGAUGGAGCUGGCCAAGCAGCGCUACAGGGGAGGCACGGAGCUGCUCCAGCAACAUGAUGGAUCAGUGACGGCAGAGGUGAUGAUGUCCAUUCUGAGGGACAAACCCAGCGGCAUCUGCAUGAACUCUGGAGGUUUCUGCACCACAGGCAGCAUGGUUUCCAUCCUGCCCAGAGACACCGCUCUGCCCUGCAUCCACUUCUUCACUGCCACCCCAGACCCAUCCAGGUCUGUAUUCAAGCCUUUUAUCUUCUCGGACUGUCCCACCCCAGUGCCGAGGGUGGUCUCCCCACAGUUUGGCCCGGACGACCCUGCGAGGAAGCAGCCUCGCUUUCAGAGCCAGGUGGACCGCAGACAUGACCUCUACAAGGCCCAUCAGGUGGCGCUCAACACCAUGGAGACCAACCCGGAUGAAGGUCUAGCUGUCUACAACAUUUUAAGGGACCUGGAGUCUCAGUGUCUGAGCGAGAUCGCAGCCAUGCUCAGCGGAGAGAUACCCGGAGAGGAACUGGGGGACUUAUUUUUUGAUUGCGUGGACACUGAGAUUAAGUUCUACCAGUGAGGAGCGCCCUCAGGUGGAUACUCGUUGUGCUCACAGAGUGGCAGGAGAAGGCCCUGGGACCGUUGCAGACUCCAGCGUUUCUCGUGUUGGCUUCCGCCUCACUUCCGCACCGCACAUCUCUGUCCCCAUACCAUCCUUAACACAGAAUGUCUUAACAGCACAUGUGAUUGGAGCAUAUUUAUCAUCCGUGUCGCCCAGGGAGCAAUGACUGCACCUCAUUAGUGAGAAAUAUGAUGUAGACUACACAGGCGCCUAUGUAGAGCUGUGUGACGUUGCACAAAUACUGUGAGUACGGCAUUCGUUUAACUUUUUGUUUCAUGUUGCAAAUGAACGGGUUGUCAUUCGUUUGAUGGCUCCCUGUAGGGAAGGAUAUAAUAAAGUUAAUAAAGUCCUGA